AUGUCGUACCAGGUGCUGGAGGUGACGCUGAUCUCGGCCAAAGACCUCAAGCGGGUGACGUUCUUCACCAAGAUGCGCGUGUACGCCGUGGCGUCCAUCUCCGGCGGCGACCCCCGGCUGCCGACGCACAGGACGUACGCCGACCGCGAGGGCGGGCGGAACCCGAUGUGGCACGCCCCGCUGCGGUUCACCAUCCCGCCCGCCGCCGACCCGCGCGGCCUCGCGCUGCACGUGCUGCUCCGCGCCGAGCGCUCCUUCGGCGACCGCGACGUCGGCGAGGUGUUCGUGCCCGUCCGGGACCUCGCCGCCGCGGCGCCCGAGGGCGGCGAGCAGCGGCACCUCAGCUACCAGGUGCGCCGCCCCGACAGCGGCCGCAAGCGCGGCGUGCUCCACAUCUCGUACAGGCUCACGGACGCGCCGGCGCCGGACGCCGCCGGGCCGUACAACGCCGCCCACAAGUUCGUGCAAGAUCCGGUCACGUCCAAGCGGCACCACAACCACAAGGGCGCGAGCGCGAUCACCGCGAACCCGGUGGGUCCCCGCAGCGUCCCGCCGUACGGGCCAACCUACGGCGGCGCGUACCCGCACCAUCAUCAGUAUGGGUACGGCGCGUACGGCUACGGCGCCCCGCCGUACGGGUACGGGGGGAACUGCGCCGGGCCGGCGGCGAGGGCCGGGGGAGGGAUGGGGACGGGGCUUGGGCUCGGGCUCCUCGGUGGUGCGGUCGGCGGGUUGAUGAUCGGUGACAUGAUCGCCGACAGGGAGGUCGACGGGGCGUACGACGGCGGGUUCAUGGAUGGCGUGGGCUGCUAA